AUGGAGUUCGACCUUGAACUCGCCCGGCGACAGUCGUCCGAAAACCCCGUCUUCUACGUGCAGUAUGCUCACGCACGCAUUCGGUCUAUCCAACGUGAAGCGGAAAGCAGGGGCCUGGACUACUCAGACGGGGACGUCGCCUGCCUGGACCAUCCAAGCGAGAUGCAACUGGUCAAGAAGCUGAUUCGGCUGCCUGACAUCAUCGACCACGCCGCGGCGCGAUUGGAACCUCACCACCUGCCGCACUAUGCAUACGACGUCGCACGUUCCCUGCAACGGUUCUACGAAGAAUGUCGGGUCGUAUCGAACGAUCCGUCCGAACUCGAGUUGUCGAAGGCCAGGCUUUUGCUCGUGGACGCAGCCCGCUUGGUUCUUGCCCGAACCCUGGGAAUCAUGGGGAUGACGGCGCCAGACCGAAUGUGA